AUGGGGGAAAGUGAGGAUGAGGAGAUAUCUAGUGACUCGAAUGAGUUUCUAAGGUUUGUGGAAGAUGGAGAUAAAUCUUUGUACCCCGGUUGUACAAAGACAACAAAGUUGAACUGUCUUAUUCAAACGUUCAACUUGAAAGCAGAACACGGAAUGACUGAUGCUUGUUAUUCUGACAUGCUAAUCAUUAUUGGCAUGUUGCUUCCUGAAGGGAAUGAGGUACCCGGUUCUCUAUAUGAGGCUAAAAAAACACUUGCAGCAUUGGGGAUGGAGUAUGAAAAGAUUCAUGCUUGUCCAAAUGACUGCAUGUUGUUUAGAGGGCAGCAUUCUGAAGCUACAAGCUGUCUGAUUUGUAGUGAAUCACGAUGGAAACUGGGAAGGGAUAAAGUUGAGAAGGAAGGGGUGUCUGGGAAGGUAUUGUGGUACUUCCCACCAAUCCCAAGAUUCAAAAAGAUGUUCCAAUCAACAAAGACAGCAAAGGACUUGACUUGGCAUGUUGAGAAUAGGAACAAAGAUGGCAUGAUGUGGCAUCCAUCAGAUUCACCGACCUGGAAAUUGGUCGACACAAAGUGGCCAGAAUUUGGUAGAGAAGCUAGGAACCUUCGUUUAGCCCUUUCCUCAGAUGGAUUUAAUCCCCAUAGUUCUUUAAGUAACCAGUACUCUUGCUGGCCGGUUAUCCUCGUUACGUAUAACCUUCCUCCAUGGUUAUGCAUGAAGAGGAAGCACAUGAUGUUAACAUUGUUAAUAUCUGGACCGAAACAGCCUGGAAAUGAUUUUGACGUCUAUUUACAGCCAUUAAUAGAUGAUUUGAAACAACUGUGGCAGGGGGUUGAAGGUGUGUACGAUGUUGUAAGAGAAGAGUCAUUUACACUCAAGGCAGUCCUACUUUGGACUAUUAAUGAUUUUCCCGCAUAUGGGAACCUCUCGGGCAGCAUUAUCAAAGGAUAUAAUGCUUGUCCUGUUUGUGUCGAUGAAACCCGACCACAUAGGUUAAAAUAUAGUAAGAAAAUAGCAUUUAUGAGGCAUCGCCGUUUUUUGCCGAGACAUCAUCCAUAUCGCAAGCAAGCUGCUGCCUUCGACAAUACCAUAGAGGAAGAUGUUGCCCCUUCCCCAUUAAGUGGAGAGGAAGUGUUGUCAAGAGUUGAAGGUUUGAACACAAUGUUUGGAAAAAAAAAAAACCCUUCAGCCCCUUACAAGGGUGCUGAAGAGACUAGACCUUGCUGGAAAAAGAAAUCAGUUUUCUUUGAACUUGAUUACUGGAAACAUCUUCCAGUACGACAUAUUUUUGAUGUGAUGCACUGCACAUAA